GAUUGUAAUCGUGGUUUAGAAGAACCGUCGUAGUUACUACCAGUCGUAUUUUGAAUUUUGCUGGCGUCAAUGAUCAAGUUAUCAUAGACGGUUCUUGGGAACUUGAGAAAAGUAGGAGUUAUGUGUUAUUUUGGAUGAAAGAACAGCGUGUUUUGCACACAGCAGCGCAGCCGCUGGCUGGAGACUUCAACGGGUUGAUCGUCUUCGUCGGAUGUCAGAGGAUAAGAUUCCUGUUGCACUGAAUAAUUAUAGCUGCUUUAGAUAGUUUUAUAGUUUCAGUCUCAGCAUGGGUACAAGGGUUGGAGGAGGGAUUCACUUCUCAGACAAAUCAUUGGUAGGGGUGUCGCGUCUUUUAGAGGACCUACAGCAUCUGUUGGAAGACAAAGACUCUGCCGACAUCAUAUUUGUUAUUGGGCGUGAAGAAACCCACAUCGCUGCACAUAAACUUAUACUGAAGGCUAGAUGUAAAAGCUUUGUUGAGGCAUCAGGAGGUGAAAUAUGCGUCAUACCAGGCAGUACUGUCACCCCAGGGAGUCCCCAUACAACUAUUCGUCUGCCACAAUACCAGCCAAAUAUAUUUCGACAAGUUAUAAGUUACAUCUAUACAGGCAAAGUUGUGAUGAGUGAUAAUGAUGUUUUUGAAGUCUAUGGUGUUGGUCAUGACUUGGGCCUUGAAGAACUCUGCCAGCAUUGUGAAGAUCACAUCGCCACUACUAUGACUCCUCAUAAUGCAUGUACAUUUCUCAUGGCAGCCCUCAAAAUGGAACAGCGAACUGGAGGUAGUAAAGGUAGUCGUGCUUUUGUUGAUCGCUGUGUGGCUUAUAUUGGAGAAAAUGCCCUCGAGUGUAUGCAGACAACAUCGUUCUUGAAUCUAUCAAGAGAAGCCUUAAUAAGGCUUAUCUCAUCAGACAAUUUAGCUUUAGAAGAGGAAGAUGUAUGGAGAGGGGUUCUUAGUUGGGCCAAGUAUGGUGCAGGUGUUACACAGCCAACUGCUCACUGGACUGAAGAGGAGAGACUACGUGUUUGUCAGCAAUUACCAGGUGUCAUCAAUCAUGUGCGCCUCUUACUUAUUGAUAGUCAAGUUUUUGCUGAAGAAGUGGAACCUACUGGGGCAGUACCGAUGGAACUAUCAUUGGAACGCUACCGCUAUGCUGCUUUACCAAACAAAUUUAAGGAUAACUCUACCAAUGAAGAUAAAAGAUUACAACCUAGGGUUUCAUUAAAGUUAUUUGCUGGCUCACAGCUACUUGUCAAUGAAAAGAUGUCAUUGCAGCGUGUUCUUAACAACUGGUAUGGUGUAAAUAAACAAAUGUGGAGGCUUGUUUAUCGUGCAUCUACCCAUGGUUAUUCAGCAGAUGCAUUUCAUCGACAUUGUGAUGGUGUUGCUCCAACAUACACUAUUGUUAUGGGCCAGCAUGGAGAAAUCUGUGGUGGAUUUAGUGAUGUUCCUUGGGGCAAAACUACCAUGAAAGGACGCUAUGUUGCUUCUGACAAGGCAUUCCUAUUUACUCUUGUCAACAGUCAGGAUUGUCCUCCAACCAAAUUUCCAGUUGUCAAGAAAAUGUUUGCUAUUUGUUACCACCCAGACUGUGGGCCAAUAUUUGGGGCAGGUGCAGAUCUCUUUAUUGCUGGGAAUUGCAAUCAAAAUUUGGAGAGUUAUUCUAACCUUCCACAUUCUUAUGAUGGGGAAAAUGCAUCAUGUAAUACCUUGAUGAGUGACUACAACUUUACUGUGUUGGACUAUGAAGUCUUUACCCCGUAUGGAAAGUGAGGGAAUCACUUAAGGAAUUUAAAGGUUAUGUGUGACUAGUCCUGAAAUUCAGUUUCGGCCAGGACUUACAGUUGUUUAGUCAUAAAUUAGAACCAUGGAACUCCGUUUUUGGGACUUCCAUUAAAUAACACUCAUAGGAGACACUACUUCAACAUGUGGAUUACCUUUGCUUGAUGAAGAGUGGCAGUAAGGCUAGUUAUGAGGACGUGUGCAAUUCAUUGAAAUUCCACUUGUGUAUGGUACGUAUGCUACAAUAAUCCAGACUAGGACUUGGGUCUGAAUUAGGUGAGCUUUUUAAAUUGACUGGGAAGUACUAGUGUCUUCAAAGUUUGCCAGCCUGUAAGAUAUGCGUUUUUAUUUUUGCAAGAAAAUUUUUUAAUAUUGCAUCAUGUCAAGUACUGUGUUUUUAGAGUGAAAACUUACUAUUCACGGUAUUAAGUGCACAGUGUAGAUGAUGAGUUUUAGUUAAUAUUAGUUCACUGAGCACCGAUGUCAUAGUGAUGCAAAAUAAUUAAUAAAAAUUAAGUAAAUGUUGAUGAUUAAAGAUUUUUGUUGUUUGCUGUUGCUUUGUUUCUGUGUAUGGAGAUAUAUUUUCAUUAGCAUUACAUACUACAUGUAUGGUAUAGAACUUAAUUUGUCAACAAGUUUAUUUAAUGUUACCUGCAAUUUCACAAUUCUUUUAUUCAUGUCAUUGUGUAAAUGAUUUUUUCUAUACAUACUGCUAGUAUUUCAUAAAUAAUUUUCAUGGGCAUAUUGAGUGUACUCUGUGUUCAUGCAGCAACUUUGAUAUUUUCCUUGAAAAUAUUUUUACAAUGAGUAAUGCAUUUUUUCUUUAUUUUACUAUUCUUCUCGCAUGAAAAAUAUCCAUGUAACAGGGUUUAUGUUAUUUAUGCAUACCACUUAUAAGCUGGCAAAUACAGUACACAGCACAAUGUACAAGUACUUGUAGCUUGGUUAUUGUAUAGUAGAAGCUGAAAGCUUUAUUUAGUUGCCAUAUUGUUGGUGUUUAUGAAGCAAAAGUACAUUAGAUUCUAUUUAGCAUAUCAGUUUUAAGUAGGACUUAGUUUCAGAUCUUGUAUUCUUAAGUUACAGUUGACCCCCGGUAUUUGCGGGGGAUAGGGACCACAACCACCCAUGAAUAGCUAAUAUCCAAAAGUACUUGCGACCUACCUUAAAGAAUUGGCGAAGCUGUGUAUGCCGAAUCACAUAUAACUGGGGGUUGACUGUAGUUUUGUUGUACAUGUACUAAGAUAGAUUUUAGUCAGUAGAAUAUGUUAUAGAAUUAUUUUUCUUUAGGAUCUCUGAAUUUUGUAUAGACUAGUUUUAAAUAAUGUUUUACAAAGAAACCAGUUGUUAAAUUUUUUACUGGCAUUUACUCACAAAUGCCAAAUACUUAAAUCCUUCAAAAACAAGUUAAUUUGAAGGGUUCUGUAAUUAUAAGAUACUUUAAGUAGGUUAUAUUACUCAUGAUGUUCCUUGUAGUACUUGUAUGACCAUAUCAAUAACUAACUUUUUUGUUCGUACCUUGGGUUUUAAGACUUCUUUUGUCAUUAUCUGUAACUGGUGGGAAAUAUUUGGCAAUCACAAGUUUGGAAAUUUGCAAGAAUUGUGCUUUGUUUUGAGAACUCUUGAUUUCUUGUUUGAAUGUUGCUGGCAACAUCAUGAAUGUGUUAUAUACUGAUUGCUCCAUAUUUUUAUUUUUAUAUAAACAAGCCCAAUAAUAGUUGUCAUGAAUUUCAUAGGCAUUGAAUAUUCAUUCUUUUUAGCAAGGAAAUUGCACAGGAGAAAAAAUAAAGAUUUUGAGAGUACA